CACCAGCCCGCUAUCACAAUCCUCCAUGGCCGAACUUUUCUUCUCCGGUAGAUGGUGCUUUCGCCGCCGGCGGGAAUCGUGGGUGCCGUCACACUCUUCUCAUCGCCAAUCCCUUCUCAUCUUUUCUCUUAUCGUCACCGUCGCACAAAGGAAGCGUUGACCCCGUGGCAUAACCGUCGCGAAGGUUUCCCGGUCGAUCGUCAUCUCUUCAAGCGCGCGCUCUCUCUCUCACUCACUUUCUCUGUGUCUGAGCUUCGAGCUCUCUGUCGCUCUCUGUUCGAGUUCACUUCCCUUGUUCCGUUGUCGUCAGCCCGUCGCUUCCCAUUCCUCCCUCGCCUCACUUUCCUUCCUCCUUCGCCGCCGUGUAGUGUAUUUUCCACUUUUCCCUCCCUAGCACAAUAGCAUGAAAACUAGAGUAAAUGAAUGGAACACAAGCACAAUAAUGCAAACACAAAUGUGACGAGGGUGAUGGUGAACAAGUGAUCGUGAAGAGUCUUAUAACCUGGGUUUGA